AUGAUUGGUACAGCAAAUCGAACAAUAUUUAAUGUCACGCAAGAUAACUGUAUUUGUGAAAUGGUCUCAUUCAAUGGAUCGGUGUCUGCGAUGAAUUAUUUUGCUAUCAAUCAAACUUGUCAAUUAUUUAUUUUGGAUAAUAAUUCGAUCGUUGUGGAUUUUUAUUUUCCUUCAUCUUUGAUAUUUAUCAAUCGAACAGCGAUAUCAUUAACACGAUAUAUCAACCAAGCGACAUCAUCAACAGCAGGGUCUUCUUCAACAAUGUUAACUACGACGAUCGGAUGCAAUCAAACGUUUCUUAAUUACACAACGUAUUCAAUGGGUAGUAGUACAAAUUAUGUAGCCGUAAAUGAUAUUAAUAGUGACAUGAAACCUGAUAUUCUUACAGUCAAUACUGGUUCAAAUAAUAUGGGUGUUCGUCUAAACAAAGGUGAUAAUACAUUUUCUUCUUCAACAUUUUACGUAGUCGAUAGUCAACCAUUUGCAAUAGCCGUCGCCGAUCUUAAUAAUGAUACUUACCCCGAUGUUAUUGUUACAAAUUCUGGAUCAAAAAAUAUUGGUAUUCUUAUGAACAAUGGUAAUGGAACAUUUCGUUCUCAAUAUACUUUAUACUCGAAUUCAAAUCCACAUCCAUUGGCAGUAGCUGAUCUAGAUAAUGAUAAUCAACCUGAUAUUCUUUAUUCAACAUGGUCUACAACUACCGUGGGUGUGUUUUUUAAUCAAGUAUCUGAUGUCAAUAAAGAUAAUCAACCUGAUAUAAUCACAGUAAAUCAGAAUUCAAAUAGUGUCAUCAUUCUGAUCAAUCAAGGAAACCGAACAUUUCUUUAUCAGUCAACAAUAUCAGUUGGCAAUGGUCCAUAUUCAUUAGCAGUUGCCGAUAUUGAUGGUGAUAAUAUUGUAGAUAUCGCUGUCGGCAAUAAAAAUGCCGGUACAGUUAGUGUUUUAAUUAAUCGUGGUAAUGGUACAUUUCUCAAUCAUGUCGUUUAUAAUGUCGGUAGUUCUCCAUACGCUGUAAAAAUCCAUGAUAUAAAUCUUGAUAACUAUCCCGAUAUUAUUGUUGUAAAUUACAAUUCAAAAAAUAUCGGUAUUCUUUUAAAUAAAGGUAAUGGAACAUUUUUCGACCAAAUUACUUUUCCAAUCGGUACCCAACCAACAUCAUUGGCAGUUGUCGAUGUUAAUGAUGAUAAUAAACCUGACGUGAUCGUUACGAAUUCUGGCGAUAAUAAUGUUGGUGUUCUCUUACAUUGUUAA